AUGUCCUCUCGAUCCGGACGUAAUCCGCCGAUUCCCUCUCGCUCCAACGCCGAUUUCGGUGGCCUCCUUCCUUCGAUCCCUUCCUCGAGUUUGGCGACAGAGCGUUCUCUCCGCCGGCCGAUCGAACCUCACGAUGCUUCAACCAUGUCAAAACUAAAUGGUGACCCACCGAAUAACUCAUACCGCCGCGGUCACCAUCGCUCAAUCAGUCAUCCGUUCACAUCGGCGUUGUCGAGUAUUGGCAAGAAGCGUGACAAGGCAGCACCCAAGCACGACAAGUACGACAAAGAAGUCAAGUGGGAUUCAGAUUCAGACUCCGAUGAGAUCACAUACCCGGCCAAACCAAUAUCUUCGAGCCCCCGGAAAGAUUCAACUAAAGCGGGCCCAAGUAAUGGCACCGCCGAAACCAAAUGCGGGACUUGCAACUCGACUGUUCGGUGGCCACAGCACUUGAACGUGUUUCGAUGUAGUGAUUGCCUUAUGAUCACUGAUCUUGAUCCGGAUACAGUUGGGGAAGCUAAGAAUGCAGGUGGUACCGAGGUGGAAGAUCGAGGGCAUCGAGUCCGUGGAGAUCGUCCUCCGCACUCUCAUUUGAAUCCAAAGGAGGCUCAUGUUCCAUUUGCCCCUCCAGACUUCAUGGCUGAAUCACUUGUAUCGGCAAAUCGACUUGGUGGCAUGAUUGAUGGAUGUCUCUCGAAAUAUUUCGACAGCCUUCUCGAUGACACUCAUCAUAGAUCAUCACCCGAUGAGAACCGCACCGGUAGAUUGGAUGUCCCGAGAGUUCAGGGUGGUACAAAUAUACCAACGAAAGACUCUCGUGGUGGCCGCCUACCGCCCCCCAAGGAGGAUCCGCGCAGUCGCAGCACAUCGGCUUCCAGCGAACAUGGAAGGAUCUAUGGCACUAAGGAAAAGCCCAAGUUCCUGAUACCACAUAAGGGUAACUUGGAGGAAAAGCCUUUGCCAGAUUUGCCGAUUAGGGCUCGUGCAAAUUCGGACUUGCGCUCGCAUCUAAGACCCGGCCGUCGCCCCUCUGAUACGCCUCGACCCCCAGAUUCGGGGAGUCCGGACAAAGACGACCAGCUUUGCAUCUUCAAGCGUUUGGAGAACUACAUCAUUGCUGCGUUUAAGGGUAGCAACAUUAUGAACAACUCUUUCCCCACAUAUCAGCCAUCAAUUCGAUCUGCCAGCAGUGGUAACCCACCGCAAAUGAAGAUGGACCCCAGGAAAGAGGUGGAUCCGAUGUUUAAUGUUCCUGUCUUUGAACCUGAUGCCAAAACUCUCCUUUUGGGAGACGUGGCCGAGAACUCUACUUGGUGGAUGACGGAAUGGGCACAAGCUGAAGGACAAAUUCACAAGCCUUCCAAAGAUCAAGGGUCUCACAGAUCUCGUGCAGUGUCUUCCCGAAGCCCUCGCGUGAACUGGGCAGAGGUCAACCAGUGGUAUCACCUAAUCCUGACGGCCGGUAGCUCUUGGAAUGAACAAUGGACCAAAAAGAAACCUGACCCAAAUCGCUCAGAGGCUGACCGUGUGCGGACCAAGAAAUGGGAAUCAGUUGAUCUAGCAUCUAUCGAGAACGAGAUCACAGAUUCUCGUCUUCACCUCCAACGGACAUUGAUGAAGGCCACCGAAAAUCUUUUGAAACGUCCACGUUCUAUCUUGAAGAAGCCUGAGGAUACUAGGUUCUUGUUCAUACUGCUUGCGAACCCCUUACUGUCCUCACCAGGUGCAUACUCUCAUGUGCGAAUGACACAGACUUCUCACCGUGACGAUCGUCGUCCUUCAAACCCUAACAAUGUCCGGUCAACCACCAGAGACGGAAAAUCGGCAGGGAGAGAGCCUGCUGCGGUUGCCUCAAGCCACAGUAGCGCCAAUCACCAUUACGGCGUCCUCAAACGAAUCCUCGGAUUACUGGCUAAUCUCCCAAAUGAAACACAUCAUACGUUCAUUUCCUGGUUUUCUCGAUUUUCGCCCAAACAAUUCGAAAGGCAUGUGGACCUGAUAGGUGGCUUUGUUAACUAUCGACUUACCCGCCAGCAUGGUCGCAAGCGUACCCAAAUCGCUAUGGAUGCUAAGGAUGGCGAUGAGCUUGUUCCAAGUUUUGCUAGCGCUGCUGGAAACACACCUGCCGAGCUGCAUGCUGCCAUUAAUCGACGAACCCCUCAAAAGAAACCGACCAAGAAGAAAGAGGCGCCUAUCAUUUAUGCAGAAGACUGGCAGAUCCGUUCCGCGGCAAGAAUUAUGUCUCUACUUUUUGCUGCAAACAGCAGCAACCAUUCGCGCAGACCAGAUGGCAUGGAAUCAAAGGCACGCCAUCGGACCGAAGCUGGAGCAAACAGCCACGCACGCCAGCAGGGUUAUAUGGUCUCCAUUGAUUCAUUCUACAACACACUGUUGGACUACUCGGACUUGAUCGGGGACUUUGAAAUUUGGGAGUCAAAAAGCUCAAAAUUCUGCUUCUGCAGGUAUCCUUUCUUCCUCAGCAUCUGGGCAAAGAUCCGGAUCAUGGAGCACGAUGCUCGUCGUCAGAUGGAAGUAAAGGCCCGAGAAGCGUUUUUCAGUAGCAUUCUCAACCAUCAGGCAGUCAGCCAAUAUCUUGUCCUGAAGGUUCGACGGGAAUGUCUUGUCGAGGAUAGUCUUCGUGGAGUGAGCGAGGUGGUGGGAACAGGGCAAGAAGAAAUCAAGAAGGGUCUUCGGAUCGAAUUCCUUGGAGAGGAAGGUGUUGACGCUGGUGGCUUGCGGAAAGAAUGGUUCCUCCUGCUGGUACGGGAGGUGUUUGACCCGGACCAUGGUCUUUUCAUCUACGACGAGGACUCGCAGUACUGCUACUUCAACCCUUAUUGUUUUGAAUCAUCUGAGCAGUUCUUUUUGGUUGGAGUCUUGCUGGGGCUUGCCAUUUACAAUUCGACCAUCCUUGAUAUCGACUUGCCGCCUUUCGCGUUCCGGAAACUACUGUCGACAGCUCCCCAGACGAAUGCACCGCCAACAGCCAAUUCCCGCCGGACGAGGUUCAAGUUUACGCUGGAGGACCUUGCGGAGUAUCGACCAGCCCUUGCCCGAGGACUUCGUGGCUUGUUAGACUUUGAAGGCGAUGUUGCGGAAACAUUUUGCUAUGAUUUUGUUGCCCAAGUUGACCGGUAUGGAGAAGUGGUGAACAUUCCUCUGUGCACAGGGGGCGAGAAGAGAGCAGUGGACAAUGAAAACCGUGGCGAGUUCGUUGAACUAUACGUCCACUAUCUUCUUGAAACAGCGGUGGCUCGACAAUUUGAACCGUUCAAGCGUGGUUUCUUCACUGUUUGUGGUGGCAACGCUUUGUCACUCUUCCGACCCGAAGAGAUCGAGCUACUUAUACGAGGUUCGGACGAACCACUUGAUGUGCUGUCUCUACGCGCGGUAGCCACCUACGAUAAUUGGAAGUCUCAUCGGCCCGAAUCCCUUCCCGUCGUGCAAUGGUUCUGGGAAUUCUUCGAGGGCGUUCCGCCCGAAGCACAGCGAAAACUCCUCUCAUUCAUUACUGGUAGUGACCGCAUCCCCGCAAUGGGCGCCACGAGCCUCACAAUUAGACUCGCCUGCAUGGGAGAUGAUUGUUCUCGCUACCCGAUUGCGCGUACCUGCUUCAAUACACUCGGCUUAUAUCGGUAUACAAACCGGGACAAGUUUAGACGACUGCUCUGGGAUGCAGUCGUGAACAGCGAAGGAUUCGGCCUGAAAUGA